AAUGGCUUCAUGAUUUCUCCGUCCUCUGACAGGACGUUCCGUCUUCUCGACAACGACAUGGUCCAAGAACUCCCCGAAGGAGUGUUUGGCGACGUGACCUUCAGGAUAGUUACCAUAUCCAAUACGGCACUGAGGCACGUCCAUCCCCAGGCCAUUCUUCCUCUGAAGGAUCGAAUACGUAUGCUGGAAAUCACGAACUGCGCCCUGCAGGACUUCCCUUGGGAAAUCAUACCCCAACUCAAUGAAUGGUUGAGCAGCCUCUUCCUCAGCAACAAUGCCUUGACCUAUGUUCCUCCUCUCCAAACUCGGAAUCUCGGUUUGUUCCAUCUUGAUGGGAAUCAAAUCGCCAAACUAGAUUCCGGCUGGGAUAUACCGACCCUAAUGACUCUAAAAAUGGGAGGUAAUCCCCUCUCGGAGAUGCCGGCUGGAUUUUUCCAUAAUAUGCCCAACUUCGAGGAAUUUCAUUGCAACGGGUGCAACCUCGGGCCGACUUUGUUUUCUGGGAUCUUCGAAAUGCGGGCGCCCCGCCUCAAAAUCAUAUACCUCGAUGAGAACUCUAUCUCGAGAGUUGAACCAGGCGCGAUUUCAGGUCUCCCAGCCGUAAGCGUCUUGUAUUUCAUGAAAAAUAACAUCAGCCGAUUGGAUGAAGAGGCCUUCUACCCUAUGCUGCGGAUCAACGGGAAACUCUUCGUAGAUGUCCCCAUGCGGACAAGUCCCCUGGAGGGACUUAGUCUACACCACUUCAUACAGGUAACUGCCAUUCCACAUGUGGACCACCUGGAGGAUCUGUAUAGUCCCCCGGUGGACUGGCGGGGGGAUUUUUCG